CAGGCCGCGAGGCGACGCGCGGCGGGAGCCGUUCCCCGACGGCAGCCGGGCGCUCGGCCGCCGUGUCUGGGCUGAGCGCCGCGACGCCGCGCCGGAAACCCUCCUGGGUCUUGAGGCGUAUGGAACCUCAAGGUCUUUAUGACAAUGGAAACAAAAAAAUUGAUUGGCAAACCGCUUCAACCAGCAAGACCUGUUCGUCAUCUCUCUUCUCCUCCAGGACCGGUGUUCCCUUUCAACUUUCAGAAUGAAUAUCCAUGCAACACUCAGUGCUUACAAAGUGGAGUUGGCAGAUGUAAGACGAAUGGAAUGCAAGCCUUUUCUCAAGGUCUUAAUGAGCAACAGCAACACCAGUCUCCAGUUAAAAAAGAGAGAAUUAAAUACAGCAGAGAUUUCUUGUUGAAGCUUUCAAGUGUUUCCAUCUGCAGAAAAAAACCAGACUUUCUGCCUGAUCAUCCCAUUGUACUUCAAAAACCAGUGAGUGUUCCUCACUUAAUUGCAAAAUUGUAUUAAGGAAAACAACCAAAGUUUUAAGUAGCAUUUUAAGAACAGAUGAAUUUGAAGAUAAAGAAUUAUUCAUUUUAUAUUUUGGACACCUGCAAAUGAAGUGGACCUAGUAACAAUAACUAAUGGACUGUGACGAUUCAAUUUAUUUUUACUUUUGAUGGUUGGCUAUUUGGCUUCUCAUAAAAGGAGAAAAAGAUAUUUUAAAAUAUAAAGAAUUUUUCUAAUCAGUUUCAGCUUUGCAGGCAGUUCCUGCAAAAAUUGGGAAGUAACACUCAAAAGUGGGGAUGUUGUUGGCGAAGUGGGAAGACUGUAUUAUAAUUUGCAUGCUACUUGCAAUUCUUGUUUUUCACCACUUGUAAUAAUGGAAUGGAAAUGUAAGCUGUAAAGAUUCUCAAAUAUAAAGUAUUUGCUACGAUGUA